GGGGUGCGCGUUACAGGACGCUCUGCCUUUGAGCUGGCGUGUGUGUGUGAGAGUCUGUCUGUGUGUAUGAGCGAGAGUCUGUAUGUAUGUGUGUGUGUGUGUGUGUGUGUGUGUGUGUGAUUGUCACGGCAGUGUGUGAACAGCGUGACCGGCAUGAACAGGCCUGGAUUCCUCACCAAGGCCAGGCUUCGGCGGCUACUGAUGUCUGACGAUGUGUGGAGCUUCAGGAGGAAGAGGCACCCUGCUGAAUUUGCCCCAGACGAGGACGCCGUGGUGCCCGCACAGGGGGCAGAGGGGCAGCAGAACGAGCCGGACGAGCCGGACUUGCCCGCCAGAUACCCCUGCCACAGCCAGGCCCAGCAUCAGGUCAGAGACGAGAGGCAGUUGGCCAGCGCAGCGCAGACGCCUGGACAUCAGGUCAGAGACGAGAGGCAGUUGGCCAGCGCAGCGCAGACGCCUGGACAUCAGGUCAGAGACGAGAGGCAGUUGGCCAGUGCAGCGCAGAUGCCUGGACAUCAGCGUGACCCUAACAACACGAGCCAUCCGACCGGCCAGGAAACCAACCCAGCCCGGUUCAGUCCCUCUCUACUGGACCAGCGUGUGUUGAGGCGGCCGUCCCCCAAGAAUGACCAAGACCGGCUCAGAGCGGCCGUGUCAGCACCACCUGACCAAGUGCCGGUCUGUGGGUUCAGAACGAGACCGGUGGUGCUGGACAGGCCCGACAGAGCCCCAGCCCCCCAUCCCCCGCCGUCCAGAGCGCGGGAGUCGCUCUCCUCCGACUGUGAGACCACAUCUGGACAUCAGGCCUCCGAAAGCGCUCAGGAAAUGUUGACAAUCACUUUGAACAACCUCAGCGAUGUGAACACAGAUUCGUCCGAAACAGAGACGGACACUGCAAGUCUGAACGUGCGGAACAACCAGAGAUCACAGAACGUCUUGUCGUUAAACAACAACCAUGAGAACCGAGUAAACCUGGCCACCUCGGACCCGGAGCGACCUCUUCCUCUUCCUCCUCCUCCUCCUCCUCCUCUGGCUGCCUCUACUGCUGAGGGUCCAAACACACACACACACACACACCCUCCAGAGACAUCCAUGCGGGGGGCAGUCCUAGUGAACACCCCUAGCGUUGACUCAGGUUCAGAGCUGCAAAAGACGGCAUGUGAUAGCAGUCCUUCAGGAGCGGACAACAUGUCCAGUCUGUCGCUCAGCACGGAGAGCCUGGGCUCCUCAGAGGAGGACAGUCAUGGGGACAAGAUCGGGGGUCACCCACACAGGUGUGGCAGCCAGAGGCCGAGCUACGAGCCGUGCUGUGGGCACAUGGGUUUCAGGGAGGAGAGGUUGGCACAGCCAGACGAGCCGUGCUGUGGGCACAUGGGUUUCAGGGAGGAGAGGUUGGCACAGCCAGACGAGCCGUGCUGUGGGCGCAUGGGUUUCAGGGACUGGGAGGAGAGGUUGGCACAGCCAGACGAUGACGGAGAGAAGGUUUUGGACUCGCUGCUGUCCGAGAUCCUGUCCCCGGUGGACGAGGUGCUGUCGUACGGCAGUGCGGAGCUCCCUCCAUCGGCCAGAGGAGCGGCCGGCACCGAGACCGUCUCCGCCAGCUUCAGCCUUCCGCCGGCUCCGCCCGCAUACGAGGUCAUCACCUGGACCAGCGAGGAGGAUCUGCUGCCGCCCCCAGGACCAGGACCAGGGGCCUGCAGAUGA